AUGGAUGCCUGGUCCAGUCCGUGGGGCGACGACAACGUCCUACCAGACGUUCUUCCAUCGAAACCCGCCGUUAAAGAUGACGGCAUUGGUUUAGAGUCGAACGCAGCCUCGGCGACCUUUUCGUCGUUGAAUGCCUUCGAUGCAUCGGACCCAUGGUCCACGGAUGCAGUACUUCCUGCUGUGGAGUUCCCUCCUGCGCCAGACGCAAAGGCUGCAGCAUCUAACGAGGACAACAACACGCCAGAUGCAGAGGAAUCCGCUCUUCGCAGUAAACUAUACAUAUCCGCAAACUGGAGCGACGCUCCGAGCAGCCCUGUUGCCGAAUCGCAACGGAUUUCAAUGGCAUCGCCAUCGGCCAGUCGUCGCUCCAACACAAACGCAGAAACACCGGCAGCUACGAUUCAAAAGCAGCUCCUCUCAUCUCAUGAUCCGUGGGCAGCCGAAUCCUCGUCUGCCAGCUGGGACACUGUGAAACUAGUCACUUCUUCCUCAAAUUUUGCAUCAGACCUACAGCCGCAAUCCACUGGCUGGCCAACAUCCGAGAUAGAUACUCUUCCGCACAAUCUCGAACAAGGCAACUCCUCAUCAGCACUUGCUCAGAGCCCAGGCUUCAGCCCAAACGCUUACUCAACAGCGCAUGAUGUUCCGACACAGGCCGAUACGAGCCAAGAUCGGCAUCAGAUUGGCGCUGGUUUGGACGUUUGGGCAGCAGAAGCUUCUUCCCGCGAAAAGAAAGCACACCGCUUGGACCGAGAAGAGAUCGACAAGCUCAAGGUAGACGCUCGUAAACUUAUAAGUAGCAUCAGCUCAGAUAAAGAGACGCAGGCGAGCUUUGCGCAACCCAGCAAUAGUGAAGGGAGCUGGACUGACCUCUUCGGCAGCCAAGGCGCGCAACGUGAUAAGUUGCAUCAUCUUCAGUCCCCGCCCGCAUCGCUCAUGUCAUCCAGCGGCGCUCUCCGUCUGCACUUGCCGCAUUCCAGCCCCGCAACCUUGGAUCGAUUUCGCAGCUCGAUCGCUCACACAGAGCAUCGUGGCGUCAAAUUGACGUCGCUGGACAACAAUUCUAGUUGGCAGAAAAGUUCUCGACCGCUCACAAAAGCAGAGUGGCUUCCAGACUCACUGUCGGCAGAAGUAGACAGCCUGUCUCUUGCAAGUACGAAUGCCGAUACAGUUACCGGUACCUCGAGCACCACGUCUGGGCCCGGCUGGAUGCAGACUUCGAGCAAUGACAUGCGAUCAGCAUCUGGUCCUAGCUUCCUUGCCUCUUUUUUCAAGGGCCGUCAAGCAAGCGUCACGAACAUCGCCGCUGUAGGCAGCCCGACUGUCUCUCAAGAAAUGAAAGCAAGAAGAUCGACUUCGUCGAUCGAAACCUCCUCGCCCAGGACCUCCGGACGCUUCGAACGAUAUCAAGAUACAGCCGCAAGCAAAUAUACUGAUGAUCCAUCAGGGCCCGAUCUCAUGUCACUAGACACGGCCACCGCAUCUGCAUCUGUGGUGCCUUCACCGACCGCUCCGCCCAGCGCACCUGCGCAAGGCCCUGGCCUGCUGACCAGAUGGAGGAACAGUGGCCUUUUCAAGUCAUCAGCAAAGAAGCAAAAUCCAAGCUGGGCAUCUUCUUCUCUGCGUCGAGAUGACCUGGACUGGCUCGAGGAGCAAGAGAGUACAGACUCCAGGAUAGGGCGGUAUCACUACGACGACGAUGUGGACGCCGAAGAUUCGUUUGCCAGCUUUCAGGAUUCUAGUCCACGGGCCGCGUCUCCGCCUCUGAGGACGGAUCUUGCACCAGUGGCCAAUGCACUCGAUGCUUUCGACAAUUUGUUCAGUCCAGCGAUUCAGACGAGUCUCACCUCGGGUGCCAGCCCGACAGCCACGUCGUCGGUACGUUCAAGCUUGUCCAUCGGUCGAAUGAGCAGCGAGGGGGGAUUGAUGACCAUCAACACAAGUCUGGGCAGAGCAAACAAUCUGGAAAGAAAGAUCGCUGCUUCGCCACUGCAGCCGCUACCUCAGGCUCAAAAUAAGCGGACUUCGAUUGUGCCACCGCCCCGAGUCAAUGCUGCCUCCUCGAGGCUGGCACGCCCAGAUUCUGCGAAAACCCAAACGCCAGCCCAAGGAAUCGCAGAUCCUUUUGCCGACUUCUUGAGUGAUACCCCAAAGCAGCAGCUCUCCAAUCCAAACGCUGCUCAGGUACCAUUUGUACCGGCAAAAGCCAGCACGCCGUCCGCAAAUGGCAAGGGAGGAUUGACCGCUGACGAUCUGCUUUUUUUUGACAAUCUCUGA